GCUGUCAGCGAUGCCUACGUGGUACACCAAAGCCUGGCUUAUCCAGCAACGUUAUUACGUUAGUUACGAUGCGAGCUUGCUCAACUGUCAGCCUUUGCUGGAGAGCUGCUCCAGUUGUCCGUCCUCCCAGAUUUCCACCCCCCUCGGACCUCGGUCCCCUUCAUCAUUAGACGAAUCGUUGAAUCACGGGUCGAAAAUCGUUGACCAUGUACCGCCUAUUUCUCCUGUAACAAAAAGAAGUUGCAAGGAUGACAUCACUUAGUGCCGACAUUUUACAUGACAUACUGAAGCGUCUCGACGGAGCCGCGCUAGCAAGAGCAGGAUGUGCCUGUGCUGAUCUCCGGGACAUAUCAAGGGAAGAAGAGUUAUGGGAAAACGCAUGCCGAUCUUUGUGGCCAUCAACAGACCAUGAUGAUGUUAGGAGCUUAAUCAUUUCUGUUGGUGGAUUCAGGAAGUUCUAUGCAGAUUGCUUCACACUUAUAUUGAAUAAAGAUAUUCCUGCGGUUCAGACCAAUAAAACUAACCUAUUUGCUGAAGAAUGGGAUGAGUCGGACUACUACUACUACUUCGAUGACACAGAUGAGCUUGAAAAGGUCUUUCCUUCAGACUUCGUGUCGCUAAUCGACAUACAGUAUAAAGACCGUGCACUCUACUCGAAUAUCAUAUGGGGAAUUCCUAGCUCGGAUGGCUCAAAUGGCUGGUUCAACAACUGCCCAUUUCGGAUAGAUGUGUUUCAUCACUCGCCUGAAAAUAAUGAUAACAAUGAUGGAGAGGUAUUCCUAUCAACCAUCAAUGACUUACCAUCGGUACCCUCGUUGGAGCAAGAAAGGAAAGAUGGGAAACUUUGGAGGGAUCUGAAUGAUGGUAUAAAGUUAAGCUGGAUCAUGAUCAACCCAAAGAUGAAGCUUGCUGUUAACCUGUCAAGUUGGCACCCACUAGGUGGGCAGAGGCACUGGCCGACAGAUACUGAUUUUGUGCUACGCUACGGUUCUGUCCUUCCAGCGAAGGAGGUCCUUGCAUUGACAGAAUUGAACAUGCAGAUAGAAGAUAUGGAAGGUGUCCAUCUCAACGGGCACCGCAGCCUCCUCGUCCUGAAGGAGGCAUUGAGCUGCCACCGGAGCAGGAACUAUAGCGAGGUGCUUGAUUCAUGCCAUUUGUACUUGAGGGCACAGAGUCAGCUGAAAGAGGAGAAGAUACGAAGCGAAUGCCGGUUUGAGACGCUCUGCAUCGUCACCGGCAUCACGGUAUUUGCUUCCCUUUGUGUCAUGUGCUACAGAAAGUUUGACAGAUUCUGACAGUGCAGUCUACUUUGCUGACAUUUAGUCAGGGAGUCUCUGCAUUUCGGAAGUGCUGCAGUUUCUUAAGCACUUGUAGACACAUCGACCUUAUAUUACUUAGGGUAUGCACCUGUGCCCCAGGUUUGUAAGACUUAUCCUAUGAAAGAUAGGUGAAUUUCAUGCUAGUCGAUUUGAAUGGUACUGGCCUUCACUAUAAACUGUUUGCGGCAAGGUUGAUCUGAUCAUGAUACAUUCAAAAUAUGAAUAUGAGACUACUAUUAUUACAGCA